AUGGAACCUUCUGCACAGCUGGGUUUCAACCUGCAGCCCCUUCUAGAACAGUUUGCCCAGGAUGAGCUGAGCCAGUUCAAGUCUCUGUUGAGGCCCCUUUCCCUACAAGAUGAAUUACAGCACAUCCCUGCGACAGAGGUAGAGGAGGCCGAUGGGAAGCAGCUGGCAGAAAUUCUUAUCAACCACUGCCCCAGCCACUGGGUAGAGAUGGUGACCAUCCAGAUUUUUGACAAGAUGAACCGAACCGAUCUGUCUGAGAGAGCAAAGGAUGAGCUCAGGGCAUUUACACAAGUACAGGAAGAAGAUGUCACAAAUCCAGAAGAAGCAAAGGAAGGUUUGAAAGGAGAAAAGCCAGGUAAACAAGAUAAGUAUAUAAGUAUAUUGAAAGAGAAGGUCCAGCGAAUGUGGAAGAAGAACUUUUGGCCUGGAGCCAGUGAAAACAUUCACACUGUCACCCAGAAAUAUGAGACACUGAUCCCAUUCUGUAAUCCUAAAAUGCUUGCAGGACCAUUUCCACACACGGUGGUGCUGCAUGGUCCUGCGGGCGUUGGGAAGACCACUCUGGCCAAGAAGUGCAUGCUGGACUGGACAGAGGACAGCCUUGCACAGACCUGCCCCACUGCCUUCUAUCUCAGCUGCAAGGCGCUCAGCCGCAAGGGGAUGUGCUCCUUCAUAGAACUCCUGGCCCAGAGUGCCCCAGACCUGCAGGAUGCCCUUGCACAGGUCCUGACCCAGGCACAGAAACUCCUGUUUGUCAUUGAUGCUUUCGAGGAGCUGCGCGUGCCCUCAGGGGUGGAGGCGCUGGUGCACGACCUGUGUGUGGACUGGAAGACACAGAGGCCUGCGUCCACCCUCCUGGGGAGCUUACUGAAGAGAAAGCUCUUACCCACGGCCGCCCUACUGGUCACCACACGGCCCGAGGCCCUAAGGGAGCUGCGGCUCAUGGUGGAGCAGCCACUCUUCGUGGAGAUCGAGGGGCUCUCAGAGUGUGACAGGAAGGCGUAUUUCCUGAGACACUUUGGAGAGGAGGCUCAGGCGCUGCGUGCUUUCCACCUGAUGAAGAGCAAUGCAACACUGUUCCAAAUGGGCGCGGCACCCGCUGUGUGCUGGAUGGUGUGCACCUGCCUGAAGCUGCAGAUGGACGAGGGUGAGGACCCUGGCCCCACCUGCCAGACCACCACAUCGUUGUUGCUGCGUUUCCUCUGCAGCCAGUUUGCGCCCGCGCAGGGCAGCUGUCUGGGGCUGCACCUCAGGUCUACUCUGCACGCUCUGUGCCUGCUGGCCACUGAGGGCGUGUGGACACAGACCUCAGUGUUUGAUGGACAUGACCUGCUCAGGCUGGGUGUGCAUGAGUCUGACCUGCACCCUUUCCUGAACAGGAAUAUCCUCCAGAAGAGCAGAGACUGUGAGGGCUGCUACUGCUUCCUCCACCUGAGUGUCCAGCAGUUCCUGGCCGCUGCCCUCUACAUUCUGGGGAGCCAGGACCACCAAGACCUUCCAGCAGGAAGCCCUAGCUGGGAUGCUGGGAAUGUGCAGAGGCUCCUCUCCAAGGAAGAAGGACUCAAGAACCCCUACCUAGCCCCGGUGGGGCACUUCCUAUUUGGCCUCACCAAUGAAAAGAGGGCCAGGGAGCUGGGGAUGACUUUUGGCUGCCUGGUGUCCACCAAGGUCAAGCAGGAACUGCUGGAAUGCAGGGUAGGGUCUCCUGAGAACAGACCCUUCUCCUCGGUGACAGACACGAAGGAGACUUUGCACUGUCUCUAUGAAUCCCAGGAGGAGCAGCUUGUGAAGGAAGCCAUGGUCCAGGUGACAGAAGUGUCCCUGGUUUUCAAAGAUACCUCAGACAUCAUGCAUGCAUCCUUUUGCCUCAAGCAUUGUGAAAGCUUGCAGAAAAUGUGGCUGCAGAUAGAAAAGGGGAUGUUUCUGGAGAAUGAUGCUGUGUCAGAAUCAGAGGACCAGGCUGACCGGUCCCAGAAUGAUCAACACGUGCUUCCUUUCUGGAUAGACUUCUGUUCCAUGUUUGACUCAAAUAAAAACCUGAUAUUUCUAGACAUCAGUCAGAGCUUCCUUAGUGCCUCAUCUGUGAGAAUUCUCUGUGAAAAAAUAACCUCUGCUACCCAUAAUCUUCAGAAAGUGGUCCUCAAAAAUAUUUUCCCAGCAGACGCUUAUAGAAACUUCUGCAUUGCUUUUGGUGGUCAUGAGACUCUCACGCAUCUGACUCUCCAAGGAAAUGACCAGAAUGAUAUGCUUCCCAUUUUGUGUGAAAUCUUGAGACACCCAAAAUGUAAUCUGCAAUACCUCAGGUUGGUAUCUUGUUCUGCCACCACUCAGCAAUGGGCCCAUCUCUCCUCCUCCCUCAAAAUCAACCAGUCCCUGACAUGCCUGAACCUCACAGCCAAUGAGCUCCCAGAUGAGAGUGCCAAGUUGCUGUGCACAACUCUGAGACACCCAAAAUGCUUCCUGCAGAGACUGUCGUUGGAAAACUGUCAACUUACAGAAGCCUGUUGCAAAGAGCUCUCUUCAGCUUUGAUUGUCAACCAGAGGCUGACGCACCUGAGUUUGGCAAAGAACACUCUGGGAGAUGAUGGGGUAAAGCUUCUGUGUGAAGGCUUGAGUUACCCUGACUGUCAACUACAGAUGCUGGUGCUUUGGUAUUGCAGCAUAACCAGUGGUGGCUGCAAUCAUCUGUCAACACUUCUCCAGCAAAAUUCAAACCUUACCCACUUGGAUCUGGGGCUGAAUCACAUAGGGAUUACUGGACUGAAGUUUCUGUGUGAGGCUUUGAAGAACCCAAUGUGUAACCUCAAAUGCCUAUGGUUGUGGGGAUGUGCCAUCACUCCUUUCAGCUCUGAAAUCCUCUCAUCUGCCCUUGGCAGAAAUCAGAGCCUGGUCACACUGGACCUGGGCCAGAAUUCCUUGGGGUAUAGUGGAAUAAAGAUGCUGUGUGAUACCUUGAAACUUCACUGUUCCUCCCUCCGGACACUCAGGUUGAAGAUAGAUGAAUCUGAUCCUCGAAUCCAGAAGCUGCUAAAAGAAAUCCAAGAAUAUGACCCACAACUGACCAUCGAGAGUGAUGACCAAGAUCCAACCAAUAACCGGCCUUCUUCACAUGACUUCAUUUUCUGAAUCCCCUGGACUUAUUCCUUCCCAAGUAAAAUCCAGGAUCAUCAACAUGAUGUUGAACUUCCUCUGAGCCCUCUCAGUGAUGUUAUGUGCUGGGCCAGAUGUUACUGUAUCCCUGGUUGUGCCUUCAGCUUCUAUGAAACAUGCACAG